AUGAGCAUGAUUGUUCAUGAUCAAGCUCAACUCUUUCAACAAGAUUCUGAUAAUUCGUUUGUGUCGAUGACAUUUUAUUGUCCAAUCGGUGAUGCUGCUCUUGACCAAACUCAUAAGAAUUUGUCGAUAGAAAAUGGUGAUUUUCUUUAUGGACAACUAUUUCUCGAAUUACUCACGCGUCUGGACGAUGAAGCCAUGCAUUCGUCGUUGCACGAUUUUGUCGAAUUUUGCAAGAAAAUACAUGCGAGCAAUGAAUCAGAGCUGAUCACUUUUGAAUGUAAUUACAAAGCGGAGAAUAUUUUGAAUUACUAUUCACAGAAACCAUUUGUCUAUGCCGUUAUGAACGAAGCAUUGCGCAAACAACAGUGGAGUCAACUGAUCACCAUGCGUUUUUUAAUACGUGAUUUAUACGUACAAUUGCGUAAAAGCCAAUUGAAACUUGACCAAACAACUCAUGUCUACCGAGGACAAGCGAUCAGCCGCCAAGAAUUACAGCGUAUGAAGGCUUACACUAAAAAUUCGACGGCAGUGAAUAGUUUCUUGUCAACAAGUCGAAAUCGAGAUGUAGCACUGACGAUGGCACGUUCAAAUGCUGAACGUCAUGAUCGAACAGAUGUGGAAUUAGUAGUAUUCGAUAUCGAAAUGAACAUCAAUUGUAUUAACGAUUCAAAAAUGGCACCGUACGCUGACAUAAGCAAUAGAAGCAACUUUAGUGAAGAAGUCGAAGUACUUUUCAUGCCAGGCAGCGUGUUCGAUCUAAUCGAUGUCAAGUUUGAUGAGCAAGACAGGGUAUGGAUUGUCACUCUACACUUGACUUGUGCCGACUCACCAGUACUCACCUAUAUAAAGCAACAGCUACCUCCUCGUACUUGUCUUAGUCAUAUCUCCGCCAUUCUGUAUGAUAUGGGUCAGUUUGAUCGAGCUGAGCAAUUGCUACUUGAACUCGUCAAUAACAGUAUCAACAGUGUGGAACUGUACGAUCAACUCGUGGCCGUGAAGCUCGCCAAGAGCGACUAUAGUUCAGCGCUCGAAUACAUCAAGAAGGGUCUCAAUCAUCGUAUGGCAAUGCUAUCGUCUAGUGAUCUUUACAAGAGCUAUAAAUUGUUCGGCAACGUUUACAAAGUAAUGGAUAACGACGAGAUAGCAAUGGAUCAUUAUUCAAUUGCCCUUGGUUUAUUAUUAUCGUACAAGGACAAGAAUCUUCUCGCCGUCGGAGACGUUCAUCUACAGAUCGGUUUAUUACAUUGGAAGGCAGGAAAUUUGCAAUCUGCUACAAGGAGCUUUGAAGAUAGUCUCAGAUUCAAACAGGUCGCUCUCGGGAAGCGUGAUCCGGAAGUUGCGCGCAUUCUCAUGAAUUUGGGUGUCAUCGCUAAUCAACAAGAUAAGUAUGAGCGAGCAUUGGAGUUUCUCGUCAAAGCGUUGGAUAUUCAACUUGAAAUGUUACCUAGCGAUCAUUACGAUGUGGCUCAGACAUACAAUCAUAUUGGCUUGGUCUAUGCUCAGUGCGAUAAGCAAGAUUUAUAUCUGGCCUUCGCUCAUCGCAGUGUCACCAUUGAGCUCAGCUUACUACCGCUCGCGCAUCCAUCACGAGCGGAGCUCAUUGAGACUGUGGAGGAAAUUCGAUCGCUCGAAAGUCUAUGGACAAUGAACGCUUCUUUGCAUAAAGUCUUAUUCUCCGAACGACUAGCAACUCUCCUAAACAGAUAG